AUGUUGAGAGGCUUGAGAAGAUCGUGUAAGAGAUCUGUUUCUCGUAGUGAGAAGUCGAAUUCUUCUAGUAAAAGGAGUGAAUGUAUUUCCUCUCCAGCUCCUUCUAACGUAGAAUUGGUAGUUCCUUCUCCCCAGGUAUCUCCUGCGCCCGCUGCUGUAUCGGAGGCGGCGAACGAUACACAUAUUGUGAAGGUGUUUGCUGCCCUUGCGUCCAUGGGCGACCAGAUACAGCGACUUACAGAUAAAGUUCAUUUUGAUGUUUUGUUUUCAUCUUGCAGAAAAUCGGAAAAUGAAUCCUCUGAGAAGAGUAUCAUAGGUGUGGUAGAGACAUGGACUCCGGGAGCAUACACCGCUCUCAAGGCCCUUCUUUCGGCUCGUCUGUGCGCAGCCAUUUGGGCCUUGAUAAGUGACUGUGAUGAAACAUACAAUUACUGGGAACCUACGCACUACCUCUUGUAUGGCAAAGGAUUCCAGACUUGGGAAUACUCUCCUGAGUACGCCCUCAGGUCCUACACUUACAUACUUCUCCACGCUGUUCCAGGCUGGAUAUACUCCAGUCUGUUACAGUCUAACCGCAUGCUGGUCUUCUUCUUCAUACGAUGCAUGCUAGCGUUAGGCUGCUCGGGGUGCGAGCUUUAUUUUUACAGAGGCAUCUGCAAGGAAUUUGGAGCAAAUGUUGGAAGGCUGACUCUUUGCAUUCUGGUAUUCGCUGCCGGGAUGUUCAUAGCGUCUACUGCAUUCCUUCCCUCUAGCUUUGCCAUGUAUAUGACCCUGAUGUCGAUGGGAGCCUGGUACCAUCAGGCUUAUGAGCUUUCCAUCUUCACGACUGCCAUAUCCACUUUUCUGGGCUGGCCUUUUGCAGCUGCAAUCGGAAUUCCUAUUGCCUAUGACAUAGUUAUACGAAGACAACAGUUCGUGAUGUUCGGUAAAUGGUGCCUAAUAUCUGCUGUCACAAUACUGAUCCCUAUGGUACAGAUUGACUCCCACUACUUUGGUCGGUUUGUUGUUGCUCCACUGAAUAUUGUCAUGUACAAUGUCUUCACCUCCCAUGGACCUGAUUUGUAUGGAACCGAGCCAUGGACAUUUUAUAUAUUGAAUGGAUUCUUGAAUUUCAACAUUGUAUUCAUCGCUGCUUUGGUGUCCUUGCCUCUGUAUGUUUUGGUUUCUUACUCAGUACCCUUAUCCAAAAAAGGCAGCAUCCACAUCCCUAUUUGGCUGAGCCUCUCGCCCUUUUACAUAUGGAUGGCCGUCUUCAUUGUGCAGCCACAUAAAGAAGAACGAUUUCUCUUCCCCGUCUACCCUCUCAUUGGAUUGGCAGGGGCCAUCACUAUAGAUUGUUGUCAGAAGCUCGGAUCGUCAUUGCUAACAACAAAACGGCAACAUUACCUCAAUCACACAAGCUGGUUUGCACUUGGCGUAGUUAUUUUCACGUCAGUCCUCAGCGUGUCCCGUAUCGUUGGUCAGUAUAAAGCGUACCAUGCCCCUUUUGAAAUCUUCAUGGAGCUGAACAGACUCUCGGCAGAACAGAACUUCCCACCCGACCGUCCGAUCAAUCUCUGUGUGGGAAAAGAGUGGUACAGAUACCCUUCGUCUUUCUUUCUUCCAGGCUUGAACUGGAACCUUCAGUUCAUCGCGAGUGAGUUUCGAGGGCAGCUCCCAAAGCCUUAUUCUCAGGACAUAAAUGGGACCAUUUCAAUUCCCCAGGAUAUGAAUGACUUGAACCGGGAGGAGGUUUCCAGAUAUGUAAAUAUUUCGUCGUGUCAGUUUUUGAUAGACUUGGACAAGGAGGAGGAGACGGAUCGUGAGCCCCGAUAUUCGAAGCAGUCCUCGGACUGGACUGUCGUACACACUGUUCCUUUCAUGGAUGCUGUGAGGUCCCACAAACUAUUCCGAGCCUUCUACGUCCCCUUCCUGACGGAACAGCACUGCCACUACGUGAACUACACCCUGAUGCAAUCAACGAAGUGGAAACCAAGAAGUCGGUACCCCGGACGCUUAUAGUAUUUGUUGAUUGUCAUAGUUUGUUGUGAGAUGAAAUACUAAUUUAUUUGCAGUAUUAUUAGUGAGGAUUGAAAUUUUAUUUUCUCGAAGCAUUCCAUUGUUAUGCUAACUUCCUGUAGCAGUCAUUUCUAAUGUCGGUCAAUGUAGUCUUUUUAUUGUGCAAUAGUGGGAGGUAUUGAUGCUGUUACUCCUGGUUUUCAAUCAUUUUUGUUCUUGUUGAACCUCUGUGGCUUGGGAAAUAGGAAAAUUGGUUGUUGGGAAAUAGGAAAAUUGGAUGUCUGCGCUUAAGCGGUUUCUAUGCAAUUCGUCAGAAGUACAGUGGGGCUCCCGUAUUCGCGUUCUCCGGAUUCGCAGAUUUAUCUCUGGACCAUAUCUACUCCAUGAUUCGCGGGAAAUUCACCUAUUCGCUGUAUUUUUCUGCGAGAAAUAUCCAGGAAUUUCUGGGAUUUUUUUUUUUUAUCAAUUUCAUCAUAAAGUGUACUUUUUGUGAUAAAACUAUUAAAAAAACCAGAUAUGAAAAUUUUUAGUGAGUUUUUCUUGAGUUUUAACUAACAAAAUAGGCCGUUUUCAGCAUUUUUAUAGGGGUCCAGCUAUUUGCGGAUUUUGACUAUUUUAGGGGGAUGGUCUAGUACACAUUCCCAGUGAAUGCGGGGGGAACCACUGUAUUGUAUGAAACAACCAUUAAACGUUUUCUUCUCUCGGCAUUAAAAGUUAUAAAAGUCAGGUGUCAGAUAAACAAUAUUAAGAUUAGAAAUUUUUUCAUAAAGUGCUGUUUCAAUGUAUGCUUCAUGUUAUACCGUCGGUUUCUGUACCAGAUUUUUCCAUCACCUGUCCUGUUCAAUAUAAUGCCUAUUUCUUUAGUGAACAUAUCAGCUCUUCCAUCUGUUUCUUAAGCUUCCCAGAUCCUGAGGGACUAAAAGGUGACCUCCAUUUCUUUUCCCAAGCUUAGAGGUUGAAAUAGUGUAUUGUUGUGGAUAGAAAUUUCUUUCAACAACAUUCCAGCAAGGUUAUAAAUAGUCGGUACUGGUGUUAAUAUUUUUUAAACUAAUGAAUGUUUUCCUUUUAGAAAAUAAGUUUUUUGUUCUAAUUUCAGUGCCAAAAUCUAAUGGCUUUCUUAAAGUGUAUUGUAGCUGUGUGUGUGUAAUCUGAGGAAAUGUUAAUGCUGACAUCUCAAGGAAGAAUUUUCAUCCAGUUCAGAUCCAGCGCUUGAAAGAUUCUAGCUUAAAUAUAAACAUUUGAUUCAAUUGUUUUCCCAUUGAUUACUCUGCUUUUGAAGUUGGUGUUGAAGAGGGAAAGUGUCUGCAUCCACUUUUAGUCGAAAGAAAUAUUAUGGUAAAUGGAACCUGCUCAUUUAGGUAUCAGUAUGACCGCUUUCUUCCUCAGCCUCAUCGCAAACAUCCACCAUCUUGGGAUCCUUUUCCAUUUUUACCAGCCCCUAUCUUCGGCACUGUAUUAUUGGCACCUUAUGGCACUGAUAACAGAAACUUGGCCUGUUAUAGUGGCAUAAAUUGCCGAUUUUAUAGCGCCAGACUGGUGGUUAUGUUUAGCGCUGGAAUUUGUUCAUGAAUAGAUAAAAGCCAAAAAGUUAUAUACGUAUAAAAUUUUGGCACUCUAAAGGAGUACUAUCACGGCCUUUUGUAAAUGUAUGACCAUCAACAGCCGCAACACUGCCGGGUAGAUCGUCUCAAAGUCUUGCAUUAAUGGGAAUGAAACGUUUGGUACUGUGCUGUGUGUAUGAGUAUUAGCUCCUCAACAGAAUGUAGAAAUUGAGACUGGGAAACAAAGAACUUGCAGCGGAGACCAGAGCGAUUGCUGAAGUGCCUUAUUCAAAUGAUGCUAGUGGUAGGUGGCCAAGUAAGAUAUCAUCCCUGGUGUCUUAAGAUUUGAUUGCUAUUCAGUGGACAGUUACUGGGAUACAAGACCAGCGUUCCACCAAUGGCAGAAAAGUUGCAGUAACGAUGCCUUCGCUUCUCAAGGGAUAGAAAGCCUAAUGAACGAGAAUUUGCGUAUUUAAAGGACAAAGGCCCAUGGGUGUAUACAACCUGCCCAGUUUCAGUAGAGAAUAUUAGGAAUACAUUAAUAUUUAUCCUGAUCCCUAGGCUGUCCAUGUAUACCUCUAUUGAAUCCAUACGAAUGUGCCAUUUGUCUUCUUGUGCUCUGCUAGACUGAAGGAGGAAGUCCAUCAUAAGGGCUUACUACCUAUAAUCUCUCGCUUGCUCCUAUCAGUGAUAUCUUGUCAUCUUUCAAAACAACAUUGACUCAAUUUCCAUACAAUGUCAAGUGUUCAGGUAAAUGAUUUCACAUGUUUACCCCUUAUUCCAACUUGCCCAAAUGUAGAAUAUAGAGGAAUGAUACUUGUACACAUUUUUGCUGUAUGGCAGUCACCACCAUUUUGGAGGCUGUCAGUAGCAUGUCAGAUCAUGAAUUCGUUUCUGCUUUUCAAACUUUCUAUUGAAAUGGCAAACGGUGGUAUUGGUUGUUUGCAUUGUUUAACUCUUUGAGGUUCUACAAGAUUUUAUCCCCAACUUCACAUAGCAGUGACUAAUUGUUAAAUUCUUUUAUAAUAGACAAGGUAAACAAUCGUAAAUGUUACAAAGUUAACUUGGCCUGAAAUGCUGUAUAUACUCUUUUCACACACACACACAUACAUAUUUUAACAUUAUCUGUAAACAAAGGUUUUGGAUAUUAAUGUUGAAAUAAAAUUUUGUGUUUAGGAAUCAUAAAUUGUACAAAUAUCUACUUGUAACUGGUAUUUACAUCCUUGCUGGAAUGUUGUUGAGAAAAUUACUCAAUGUAGAGUUCAUUAGAUAACAAGGACCCUGUCACUGUGAGGUAGACAAAUUAGAAUUUUAUGUACCAACUUGUGUAAUGUCUCAGUACUCCUGUACAAGUACUGUAGCGUGGUCAUGUCGCUGUACAACUGAUAUCGUUAAUUUUGCACGCCAACACUGCAGUAGUUGUAUGUACUGUAUCGUGUACAAAUAUUUUGUAUCACUCAACAUUCCAACAAUAUUUGUAUGAAGUUACAAAUGGUAAUAAAAACGUUAUUCUGGUG